AAUACAAGAAUGAGGAUCGGAUUUGUCGGUGACGGAGUGAAUGAUAGAUGUUGAUAGGUGUUGAUUGACCAAAGAGUUAAGGUGGAAACUGUGCCUAGGAGGAAAGAGGGAAGGCAAGUUUGAUGUGAGGAAAGGCAGGAGUGCAGAGGUGUUUGCAGAGGAACUGUUUUGAAAUAUAGGAACUAUGUCUGGUACAAGGCAAAAGAGUUGGCUGAUAUGAUGGAGAGGAGGAAGAAGGUAGAGUCUUAGAGCGAUACUUAGAGUAUUGCGUGUGCAGGAGAACAGAUGGAAGCAAGGCCAGGGGCACUGUAUUUGGAUUCAAGCUGUCCAAGUACUGUGUACAUAGGACAGCACCUUUCUCCUCCUAAGGAAGGAAAAAAGGACCAACCUGUGUGAUUAAGCUGGAAAGGAUGUGAAACAGGAGAGGUUGAUGAAGGACAGAAAUGUGCUAAGAAGAAAGUGUGUUGAGGAAAUUGAAGACGUUCUUUGAGGAGCUGAUGAAUGAAGAAAACGAGAGAGACGAGGAUUGAUGAGGAAAGUUAGGGAAUCUGAAAGUGAGGGGAGCUGUGAAGAUGAUGAAGAGUCCGUCCAGAUGACAUACCUGUGCAGGUAUAGAGAUGUCUGGGAGACAGAGUAGCGGACGUCUUGACAGAUGUGCGGAGCACUAGUAACUACAGAGGGGUAAAGCUGAUGAACCCCUCCUCAGCUUCAACAAUAGGUGGAAUAGACUGGAGAAGUGGAGGCAUGUUCUGGAGAGAAGAGGCACGAGCGUCACUAGAAUCCAGACAGUAGAUGAGGUGGAAAGGUGAACAUGCAAGGAACAGCGUUAGUAAAGAGGAAAAUCACGAGAACACGCUCAAAUUCACCUCCAAUUCAUGUGCACAUCAAUGACACCGUGCCAGUACACGUGCACCUGGACAGCCAGAGGAGUCCUGGCAGGUCACCUCAGGGGAAGACUGCAGUCAACAAAGCAGACCUUCGUCCCACAGCUAAAGUCAAAACUCGAGGUGUGGGGAUCACGCCAGGAAAGACCUCCAUACGUGAUGCCACAUAUAAGUGGGAGGGGCCAACGCACAACCUUGAGAUCACACCACCGAAACCAGAACCUGAAAGUUCGCAGUCUGCACUUCAGUUAGCUGACCUUGCAUCAGAGGAGGAAGAAGGCCUACAUGGACAAAUCAGCCAGUACACGAGGAAGAUUGACAACUUAUUGACUGAAGUCAGCUCGCUGAAAAAUGAGGUAGAAAUGCAAAAGAAGGAGCGGUUGCUAGAGCGUCAGUCGAAGCAGCUGAGCGUGUCCCAGCGGGUGAUCGCUGAGCAGGAAGAGGAGCUGGCUGAGGUGACCAAAGAGCUGGAGGAGACGGAGAAGGAAAACACCAGGUUACGGCUUUCCAUGGAGAAGAUGCUGGAGGAGAAUGACUGUAACAGGCAAAUUGACAGUGGGCAUCAGGACAAAGAUGCUUUACUCAGGAUGCUGAUGGAGGCUGAGGUGAAUGGAGCAGCAGCUGCAAAGCAAGCCUCCGCCCUGCGAGAGUCCAUUUUCAAUCUGUGCGCUCCUGGUAGCAAUAAGCCAUUUGGCUCUGAGUCUUCAGCCUUGGCCUGUCAGAACGAGCUGCUGCUGCAGAAACUGGAGACAUUUGAGGUCACAAACCGAACACUGCGGAAGCUUCUCAGAGAGCAGCAUGAAUCUCAGAUGGAGUCACUCCAGCUGUCAAGGAAGGACGAAUUACUCAAGAAACUGGCAGACACCGAAGCUGAAAAUGCCCAUCUUGUUGUUAAACUUCAAGAGAAAGACCGAGAGGUUAAUCGACUUGCCAAGCUCUUAGAUGAUGAAAAGAACAAUACCAGGAGCACAGCUGUUUUUUCAAAGAGCCUGGAGUCAACACGAGCUCAUUUACAAGGACAGCUCCGGAGCAAAGACGCUGAGAACAGUCGCCUCACUGUGCAGAUAAAGAACCUGGAAAAAGCAGCCAAUCGGCAGAAGGUGGAGAUAAAACAUCUGACAGAUCAGCUGGUGACACUAAAGCAGCAGGCAGGCGCAGACCGAGAGGCUCUGAAACGAGCUGCACGUGCCCAAAAGCAGCGAGCUGAGCGCAGCGAGGACACCGCAGGCCAUCUCAGCAUCCAGCUGCUGGACAUGAGGUUGGUUGCAGAAGGAUCUCAGGUGCUUAAGAGUGAGAAGCAGAUAGCAGAGGUGCUGUCAGCAGCUGAGACAUGGCAGAGUCAACAUGCACGAGAAGCAAAAGACAAGAGUAAACUGGAUAUUGAAUUGUCGCUAUUGAACAGCCGUAUAGCAGAGCUGACUGAGCAGCUUCAUACUACUAAGGAUAAAGGCAGAGCAGAGAAAGAAGCGCUGCUGGAUCGUCUCCGUGAAAUCACUGCAGAGAGUACUGCUGCCAAACUGGAGAACCAAUCCCUCAAGGCUACAGCGUCUGCGGUGGAGGAGAAGCUGUCUGUGUCUCAGUUAGAGCUUCAACAGGUCAAAGUUUCCAUCAGACAGUAUGAGGGCCUCCUAGACAGCUAUAAGAUGCAGUUGGAGAAAACCCAGGCUGAGGCAGAUGAGUACUGUGCUCGGCUGGCUCAAGCAGAGCAGAAGGCUCAGACGGUGCAGGGGGAGCUGGAGAAGGAGAUCGAUGAAGUGCGCAGGGAGCUUCUGGGACGGCUGGCAGAGUUGGAGCCUCUUCCUGAAGCCCUACAGCGCUCCCAGCUACAGCUGCAGGAAGCUCAGGAUAGGGAGUGCAGCCAGGAGAAACACAGCUUGGAGCUCAGCACAGCACUGACUGAUCUCCGCAUGAAGGUGGAGACCCAAGGCAGCCAGAUGGAGCUUCUUAGACAGAAGAAAAAGGUGCUGCUGGAGGAGAACAGACAGCUUCAGCAGCGAGUAGAAAGUUUGGAAAGAAAGUUAAAGGAGGCCGGCAGUCAGAAUAGCGACCUGCUAGCAGUUAUUGCAAAACGAGAAGAGACCGUCCACAGCAAUGAGCUCCGUCUAAAAGAAAAAACAAGAGAAUGCUCAUUAUUGAGCCAUCGGCUGGAGGAGGCUCUGGAUGAUGCUCGCCAACAAAUGUCAGAGACCAAAGAACGUGUUGUCAACAAACAACGUUCCACCCAGUCCAAAAUACUGGACCUAGAAAACCAACUCAGCAGGACCACUGCAGAAAUUAAUCAAUUGAAACGGAGCAAAGAGCAGAUGGAGUGGCGGUACCAGAGCCAGCUGCAGGAUUUGAAGGAUCGCCUGGAGCAGUCAGACAGCACUAAUCGAAGCCUGCAAAACUAUGUCCAGUUUCUCAAAGGAUCCUAUGCUAGUGUGUUUGGAGACUUUUCCCUCAGCAGCUCUCUGCAAGCCUCCUCACCCAGCUGAUUGUGUAUAUUCCAGAACAGUGGCAUGACUUAAGCCUGUCACUAGAUUUGGCUGGCAGAGCUGGAGGCUGUGAUGGUACCACAGUUUAAAUAGCUCAGCUGUAAUAAAGUUUCCUACCACAGAGCU